UGUAAAAGUGUUUGUGAGGUUGUGGCAAUGUCUGGCAGAGGAAAGGGCAGUGGAGGGAAAGCUCGCUCGAAGGCCAAGUCCCGGUCGUCCCGGGCUGGCUUGCAGUUCCCGGUGGGCCGUGUUCACAGGCUCCUGAGAAAGGGUAACUAUGCUGAGCGUGUGGGUGCCGGAGCGCCGGUCUAUCUGGCUGCGGUGCUCGAGUACCUGACGGCUGAAAUCCUCGAGCUGGCCGGUAACGCGGCCCGGGACAACAAGAAGACCCGCAUCAUCCCCAGGCACCUCCAGCUGGCCGUGCGCAACGACGAGGAGCUCAACAAGCUGCUGGGAGGGGUGACCAUCGCUCAGGGCGGGGUGCUGCCUAAUAUCCAAGCCGUGCUGCUGCCCAAGAAAACCGCCGCAGGGGGCUCCGCUAAAAAGUGAAGAGGCCGUUCUUGAAUUUGCAAACACAAAGGCUCUUUUAAGAGCCACCCACCACAUCAGUGAAAAGCAGCUAGACCGUCACUGCUGGCUAAUUAACUUUCAUGUAAUGUUCAAACACGGUCCUUUAAAUGAGCAAAAAUAAUCGCUUUUGCUUUCUCCUUAACACGGAUAACAGUAGAACAGCUGGCGGACGGGACGAAUAAAGUUGGAGGUUUUGCUACAGGGACAGCGACUUAAAACAGUGACUCAAAAGGGCAUCCCCAUCAAUACGCUGAUAGGGAAAUAGAGACAUGGAAUAGCUCCGCGCCAGGAAGAGGCCCUUCGGGACUGAACCGACCCUCCUUAGUGGGUCUAACGAAUACACAAAUGGGAGAUUGGGCAAAGUUUCGAGUUCAGGAACAAAAAUAUAAAAAUUGUUUAUAUGUUGUGGUGGGUAUUGAAAUUGGCGCCAACUUCAGUUACAGCUGCGGAAACGCCAA